AUGUCGUACUGCUCCUUCUCUGGAGGAGAGGAAUACAAAAACCACUUCCAGCCUGGUAUCUAUGUGUGCUCUGAAUGUGGACAUGAGUUAUUCUCCAGCACGUCAAAGUUUGAGCACUCCUCUCCGUGGCCGGCUUUCUCACAGACGAUUCAUGAGGACAGCGUCUCCAAACACCCUGAAUCAUGGGGGCCUAUAAAGGUUUGUUGUGGGAAAUGUGGAAGCGGACUGGGUCAUGAGUUCUUGUACGAUGGACCAAAAGAAGGGCUGUCACGAUUCUGAGUGUUCAGCAGCUCACUGACGUUCAUCCCUCAAGAAAAAGUAGAUGGACAGAAAGCUGAGCAGUAAAAGAGGAGAUUUUUUCUGCUGGUGAAGGCAAGGACAACGGAUGAAGAGCUCCAGGAUAAAGCCUGAUGGAGAUCCGAGGCUCUGAUGGACA